AUGGUCGGCCUAUGUUUUGUCGCAUUUCGCUGGCAAAGUAUCUUGGCUUUACUAUCAAGCGUUUCCCUUUCUACCGCACUAUCCAUCCCGGAUGGGAGCAAUACGCACGACUCUUCACUCCCUUCUCGCGAGGCCGAGAGAAUAGUGCCAGAAUAUGUCACUCGUCAUGCGCCGUUGGUAUGGCUUCACUCUGACGACCCAUUCCGGCCGGCAGACAUACUCGGACAUGUACGCCAUACGACGCCGAUGGUGCAUAUGGAGCCUAUCAAGGGACUGCCAGAACUUAAUCUCGACAAUCUGGCGAUGCUAAACGACUAUUGGAACAACGGUCCAGUUUCGCUGACUGCAAACGGCGACAUCACCAGUCUUCCCACUUGGCUCUUAGGAGAGACACCAGACGAGUCCGGCAAGCUCCAUAAUGCCACCUCUUGCGUUGUAAUCACCGUUGAUAGGGGUUCAGGAGAUCUGGAUGCCUUUUACUUCUACUUCUACUCGUAUGAUCAAGGGGCAAACAUUACUCAAGUUCUUCCGCCUAUGAAUGGAUUGAUAGAAGACACUGAGCAUGGAAUGCACUUUGGUGAUCAUGUUGGCGACUGGGAGCACAACAUGAUUCGAUUUUACGACGGGAAACCUACCGGUAUUUACUACAGCCAACACUCCUCAGGCUCUGCCUACAAGUGGGAUGACAAGGCUCUAUCCGUGGAGGAUGGACGGCCUGUCGUUUACAGCGCAUGGGGUUCUCACGCAAAUUGGGCAUCUCCUGGUGACCACGUCCACGAUUCGGUUCUGCUCGACUACUGUGACGCAGGUCAAAUUUGGGAUCCCGUAUCGUCAGCAUAUUACUACAAAUUCGAUCCCGAAACAUCGCUUCUGACGAGUAUCUUUCCCGUUGGCAAGGAAGUCUCCAACAAUCUUACAUCCUUCUUAUACUAUUCAGGGAUAUGGGGAGACUUUCAAUACCCCGACGAUCAUCCACGCCAGAAAAUCGUACCGUACUUCGGUCUGAAACGCUACGUCUCCGGCCCAACGGGGCCGACAACGAAGCAGCUCGUCAGAAAAGGGCUCUUCCCCGACCAUCCAGAAAGGAAGAAUCUCUUGCAGUGGGGGGUUGGCGUCUUCAUGUCGCUAUAUCCAUGCUGUUUUCGGGGCUGGAGAGCUUGGAUCUCGGGCCUCGCCUUCAUCGGGUUAUUGGUCUGCCUUGUACUCGGAAUCAAACGCUCUUUGAAAUGGCUGAGGACACGGAAAGAGGGGUAUAAGAAGAUCAGCAACGAAGAAAGCAUACCAUUGCGUGAAUUGGAUUAUCUAGAUGAUAGAAGUUUACACCACCGCGACUAA